AUGCAAUAUGUUCCUAAGAAGGGUGGUAUGACAGUGGUCAAAAAUGAUAACAAUGAGUUAAUCUCUACAGGAACCGUCACAGGCUGGAGAAUUUGUAUGGACUACAGGAAAUUAAAUUUGGUCGCCCGAAAACAUUUCCCACUUCCCUUCAUUGAUCAGAUGCUUGACAGACUGGCAGAGAGGUCCCACUUUUGUUUUCUGGAUGAGUACUCAGGGUACAACCAAAUCUCUAUUGCACCAGAGGAUAGAGAGAAAACCUCAUUCACAUAUCCAUAUGGAAUUUAUGCUUUUCGGAGAAUGCCCUUUGGACUAUGCAAUGCACCAUCCACAUUCCAAAGGGUAGCAUUUGAGGAGUUGAAAAAGUGGCUAGUCACAACACCUAUCAUUGUUUCCCCCAACUGGGAGCAACCGUUAGAACUCAUGGGUAACGCUAGUGACUAUGCAGUAGGGGCAGUGAUCGAAUAG